GCUACCAUCGCUCGACGUUACGGUAGGAGAUAGGAGAACGAACGAUAACUUGUCGUUAACAUUGCCAAACUGACGUGCCUCCUGUUUUGUGUGGGGAGAAAUUAUCGAGCGAAAGAGUUGCUACCAGUAUUUCGUGUGCAAAACACAUCCUACAGCAGUGCAUUUAGUCAUUCCCAGAGUAGUUAAGGAGUAAAAUAGUUUUGACGAUUCGUACAACAUUUUUUCAGAUGCGCUGGCCAUAUUUCGCACGAAAGUCGAGGUACUACUGUAGUUCGUGUCAUUGUAUGCCUCUUGUUGUCAGUAUUUUGGACGUCUGGACGUUUGAUUUAUGUCGCGAGUGUGAUAGGGAUCGUCUACGGCUCCUGUUGAAAGAGCAGGGCGACGUGAAUUUGGACGACGUGAAGAAGUACGACGACGAAGACGAUGCUGACAGCGGUGAUGAUCUUGACAUCAGUGACUCGGACGAUGACUCAGACGAUGACGAAGAAGCGCUGGAGAAGGAGCUGGAGAAGAUCAGGAAGGAACGCGAAGAAGCUCGCAAAAAGAAGCCGAUCUCAUGA